CGAACGGCAGAAAAGUAAACAGUAACUGCGUGGUGUGACAGUCGCUCUUGUCAGUGGUUGGGAACUGACAGAAUGUGACAGAUAUUUUCCUGUGGAUUACCUGGAGAUAACGACGGACCAGCACCAGUGUGGAUGUGUGUGUUAGUUUCCAUUGAUGUUGCCGACAGGACGUCACGUUUCGGCUGACCAGACGGGUCACUGAUCGAUUCAUCGGUGUGAUCGACAUAGAUCGAUCUGUGCAUGUGUUUUGAGUUUUUCUUCUGAGUGUUAAACGUGUGAUGAUAUCACCGGGGACGUGAACGUUGUCCAGAGUGUUGACAAGGCGGUGUGCAGUUAAAGCGCGGAGCGUGUGUUACCAUAGCGAUGCCGGUGGGGGUGUGCACGCCCAGGGAAGGGCUGGAUGCCUUGGAGAAAGGACUAAAGUCACUCCGACGGUCGCGGAUGAUGACCCUGAAUGAGUUCAAAGCCAUGUACGGCGCCAUUGAGCGCCAUCACCAUGACCUCAAGCUGGCCCAUCUCACAGGGAAAACCAAGGACCUCAUGGAUAAGGCAGAGCGGGACACCAGGUUCUAUCACAUCCUGGUCCAGAUGCUGAGUGAAGUUAAAGAAGUGAAGUCCGGCAAGCAGCAGGAGAGUCUGAAGAAGGUGUACACAUGGUACCUGGCCAACAAACAUGUGCUGUACUCCGGUCCGCACUUUGGUCGAAUCUAUCAGCGCGAGGCAGCACAGGAGGUGCUGAAGAAAGCCACGUCCCCUCGCAAUCCCCCCCCUAGUCGGGACAGCCAGCACACUCGCAGUGGGAGGAGCCGGUCUGCCUCUCAACGCCAAACCAAAGUGACCAAUGGGCUGUCCACUAAUCACAGCUUACCUGACAAGCAACCUGACACUACCUCACCUCAGUCUCCUGUUGCCCAUAGCAACCAGGAUGGUGACUUUUCAGACACAGAGAUGGACUUGGAGUUGGCUCGGAGUCCGUUGAAUAACAAUGAUGGUCUAGAUGAGAACAUGGAUGGCCACCACAGCAGAGGGGUCCACGACUUCAACUGCGUUACCCCCUCCGUCCGCAUCACUCCCCUCAGGGAACAUUCCACCAACAUACCUCACACUCACGCUGGUCUGCCCAAGCGGAUGAUCCACUCGGUGGCAAGCAUGGUGAACCCCCACGCCCAUCACUCUCUCACUCUCAACCCAGAGGACGAGGAGGACAGACAUGGAGUGAGUAGAAUGUCUCACCGGCCGACCACAGCUCCAGCACUGCACGAGGACAUCCUACAGAGCUGGAAGAACUUCAACACUGAGAUGGCGUACACCCAGGACGUUGUCAGUAAGCUGGAGUUUGUUGGACGGAGCGGGACGCUGUGUGAUGUGCGAUACACGGCCCACGAACACGGUGAAAUGCCUGAACUGCACACCAAGCAACAACUACAGGGUGUCCAGCCAGAAGUUGCAGGACGAGAUGAGAACAAGCUUCUGCAGCAGACCCUGGAGGAGUUCUACCAGACAACGGACGCCUACUACCCCACCAGUCUUCCCAAGUACCGUUCAACACGUCACAGACCCUCCCAGUGCAACAAGCCCAAGUCAGCCCCAGCCCCCCACACAAGGAAGUCAUCGAGUCCCCCUCAGCUGGGUCGUCACUUCCUGCAGCAAGACAGGGAACCUGAAGUGGAAAGUGGCACCAACGUCAAGUUUAACAUGGUGGUCAAUCUCGUGGAUGCAGUGAGCGGCAACAUGUCCGCCCACAAGGAGAGGGUGGCGCCUCGACCUCAACCAGGUUUCCGCCAGCCGUCAGCUACAGGUAUCCCAUCAACCCCUGCUGUGUCACGUCCUGCCACGUCAAGGUCAGGGAAGAGGCAGUCUCGACAGCACAGUCCAUCAGCUCGCACCAACACCCCAGUGUCAAGGUCACCUGAAUCUCAGAGCCUGUCAGAGGUCAAAGGUCUGCUGAUUGAUGAGCCAAAGUUGGAGGAGCCAGCGGAGUCUGGUCUGCCGUCGAGGUCGGUGUCUGCCAUCGACUGGCGAGGGAAGAUAACUCCAAACAGUGUCAGAUACAAAUGGGGCAGAACCAGGUUUGGAGGUCACACAUACAUGAAGACGUUGCAGCGACCAGGGUCAAUGAGGUCAGCCAGCGUCUCAUCAGCCAGAAGUCGACCAAAGACGGCACCCAUGCCAGCUAGACAGAAGGUGAAGGCUAAUAAUCAGACAGUUGCUGCCACACCACGUGAUGCCAGCUCCCGUGUUGCCCAGGCAGCCAGUCACAACACGGGCUCCGUCGACCAGCAGGCGCUCGACUCCAUGAUGGUCAUACAGCACCUGUUGGGGUCCAGCGACACACCGCGAGGGUCAAUGGGUUCACUGUUCAACUUUGAUGAUCGACAGUCCUUGUACCAUGAGUCAGCGCCGUAUUCCAUGGAUCCAGGCUUCCAGACUCCGGUGAUCCAUAGCCUGGCGAGUCCAGCCAGAGUCCAGGCGAAAUUUGAGAUGAGUGCGUCAGCCUCCUUGUUCCUUUGCCUGGCGGAGCCGGUAUCGACGAGCCAGUGUAGCCGGUGGAGUCUGGUUGUAGCCCGGAGGAUACCGAAGCCGUCGGUGAGUCCGUCAGGUAGCCCCGGAGAGUCUGGUAGCUGCCUGGUGAGUCUGGUUGUAGCCUGCCAUGAGCCGGUCAGCCUGCUGGAGGGCGGCAGUUUGCUGGAGUGGCUGGGCAGCCAGAGUCUGCCAGCCGCGAGUCCAGUUUGCCUGGCCAGCCUGGCAAGUCUGUGCUGUAUUCCCAGAGUGCGGGUGCAGUGCGGUGGAGUCUCGCAGCCUAAGGAGUCCGGUGGUGAAGCUGGUGGCCGCGCCAGCAGCUUCUGGAGAGUGAAACCGGCCAGGUGCCUGGCAACUGGGGCCCUGGAGAGCGAGUGCUGUGCAGCCACAGCCCUGUCUGGCGAGCCAGUGCCGUGGCUUGCGAGCCAGUGCUGCAGCCUGGCGGAGCCCGUGCCGCAGCCUGCGGAGUCUGCGCUGGCAGCCAAUCGAGGCCCUAACUACAGCAGUCAAACCCAGAGGACAGACUACCCGAGUCUCGACAACAGCCUCAUCACAGACACAGACAUUGGACUGCUGACAGACCAGCUGUACUCCACUGACCAAAGCACCCAGUUUAGCGGUCAUCAUCGUCCCCGGACCCUGUCAGGACAGAUCCACCUCCCCCAGGCAUCAGAGAGUGUCUCCUCUGGAGCCGAGGUGGACCACGCGGACAUCAGUGAACUGGAGGAUGAGUUACGUGACCUUUGUGAACAGGAGAGUCACUCAGGGGAGAUUACCCAAGAUGGGCACACAACUCAUGUAGAGGCUGAUAAGAUCACUGACGCUGUAACAAAGACUGAGCCUGAAGACAACAGCCAGCUUCCUGCCGAAUCCCCUACCAUCCCAGAGCCCCUGGAUACUGUUGCUAAGGGAGAAGAGGACCAGGAUGUGCAAGUAGAAGUCACAUCCAUCCCUGCUGCUGGAAGUGGCCCUGUGCCUCCUCACCAAAGGCAGGCUCCAUUACAGAGGAGGGCAACCAUUGGGCCAGAUGUCAAACAUGACCUCCGACUGAGAACUGCUGGUGCACGCUAUAGGGUUACUUCAGAACAUUUCACAGGAGCGACCUUCACCCCAGAGGCUGACCCUGACCUUACCUCUAGCAAGAUGUCAACCAAGGUCGAGAGGUCAGCAGGCAGGAUGCCAAGACAAAGUGGGGCCAAGCCUGGUCAGGUUGUACGCACCACUCGACGUCAGACUGAGUUAUUUAAGAGAGCUCCACCAAUGAGGACUCCACCUUCUAUCCCAACACCCUUCAACCCGUAUGGUGGCCGAUCUCCACGGGGACACCAGGUGUUCAACAAGGAGCUGGAGAGUCAUGCUCGCAAAGCCAGGAGUCCCAGGCACUACAUGGAGCAUGUACGUGACCUGCGAUCUGUGCCGCCAAGGUCGGCACCGCCAGUUCUGUCCACGGCUCCAGAGAGUCAGCUUGGAGAAACUCUGCAUGUGUGUCGUCUACCUACAAGGGAGAAAACUCUUCCCACCACAACUGAUGAUGAAUUUGCUGGCCAUCCCCCCAUCUCGAAGAUGUCCGAUGCAGGCUUCUCCCAAGAGAUGUCAGACGUGGAGAAACAAGUGAAGUUUGGGGAUCCGACAGAGUCUGUUGGGGAGGAAGAUGGAGGGGAAACUGGGGAUGUGGAGGGCCCACAGGGGAGACAGCAGCCGGCAGCCACAGACUCAGGGCCCCCUACACCAUUACCAAGGCAACCAUCCCUUGCCCACAUUGGCCGGCCAAUCGCUCACUACCAGCAUGUGCCCGACCCAGAGGAGCUGAGUUAUGCUGUUCAGGUGCAGAAAGAGGCCAAGGCAGCCGUAGAUAUACAACGGAUAUUCCGGGGCUAUGUUGCACGUGGCUUCUACAAGAAGCUGUUGUCUGAGGAAAGGUGGUGUCAGGAAGACAAACAGCGGGCUAAGCUCAACAGUCGCAGAAUGCAUCGUGAGCAUGUUGAGCGUACACAGGCCAUCUACAACCGAGGUCGCGACCCCGAGGACCUGGCCUGGCAGAAGGAGUACAAGGCCAUCCGAGACCAGCAAGGUCGAGUCCGGCAGAACAAGCUGGACAGCGUGUCCAGAGAGAAUGCUUAUAACUAUCAUGUGUCUGCCUCCACCAUCUCCGUCAUCGGACCCCAUGUGGACAUCUACCAAGUGUACCACCCCAAGAAGACCGGGCCGACUCAGAGAGAGCUGAACCAGUUUGCUCUGACCAUACAGAAGACCGUGAGAGGCUGGCUUAUCCGGCGCCGCUUGGAGAAACUUCGCCGCAAGGCAACAUGGUCUGGAUUCAGCUUUGAGAGGAUGGUGAAGGACUACAAGACCAUGCUGGCUCGUGUUCAGCGGCAACAUGGCCGUGACCGACCCAAGACGCCCUUCACCUUCAAGGAAAUGAACGAGUACAUGGACCUCCGAAGACGUUAUGAGAGUGUGUUUGAGAAGAAAGCGUUUGGUGGAGAGCUGGAACUCUGUGAGCUGGACCAGUUCUUCAAGGAGUGUGAUCUGUAUCCCUCCCAGGCGGAGCUGGAUGAGGCUGUGGAUGUGUUGUUCAAAGGCAAGGGAUUGAGGGGUCGUGGGCUGCGGAAGAACGAGGUGCUGGACGUUGUGUUCUACGUGUACGUCCCAAAGGCAGCCGGAGUGAGGGGGACCCGCAUGUCCACAUGGAUGAGCCCAAUCAUAGAUGGCGUGGAGGCCAGGAGGCUGAUUGGUAGGUGUGGCCAAGAGGCUGAUUGGCAGCUGGGGCCAGGAGACAGAUUGGUAGGUGUGGCCAGGAGGCUGAUUGGAACAGAGUUUGUGGAGCCGGCUCCCCUGGAGGUGUGUGCCAAGCUGGUGAUCACCUCGAAGCGUGAGCGGCGUGAGAGGGAGAACCGGGCCCUCCUGGAGCAGCAGGGGGAGGGGCAGGGCGAGGAGGAGGACAGCAGUGACGACUCGGAGGAGGGGGAGAGACGGAGGCAGAUGAAGGCCAAGCUGAAGACAGUGAAUAUUGUGGACAGGAAGGGGAAGAUGUGUGAUAGCAGAUCGCACCUUGCCAAUGCAACAUUCCUAGUCAUUCAGUAUGGCUUGCUUGCUGUCUGUAAACGGUCAUCCAGCACCCCAGAUCUAUGUCAUGACUUUCCUGCUGUCUGUACAGUAAACGGUCAUCCAACACCCCAGAUCUAUGUCAUGACUUUCCUGCUGUCUGUACAGUAA